GAGCUUGUGGUGGGGGAGGUAGGAUUCGGGGGCUGCACUGCCCUUUGACACGACCUUGCCACAUGAGAAGGGAACCAACACCUACUGUAGGCCUGCCAAAGAGCACAGGUUAAGGUUAUGAAUGUGUCAGGAAAGAAGCUCUGCUAAGAGAAUGAACAAUUGUAAUCGAGAGGGAGUUUGUUGUGGAGAGAUGCAGAUGGUAUGCCUGACAGACUUUGAGGAGUAUGCUAAGGAGCAUCUCUCAAAGGCCACCUGGGAUUAUUAUGCAGCUGGAGCAGAUGAAUGCUGCACCAGGGACGACAAUCUGCUGGCUUACAAAAGGAUCCGUCUGAGGCCUCGUAUCCUGCGGGACGUGUCAGUGAGCGACACACGGACCACUGUGCAGGGGACAGAAAUCAGCUUUCCUGUCGGUAUCGCACCUACUGCCUUUCACUGCCUGGCCUGGCAUGAAGGAGAGGUAGCCACAGCUCGAGCCACCGAGGCGCUCAACACCUGCUACAUCACCAGCACGUAUUCCACAUGUUCAGUGGAGGAGAUCGUGGCGGCAGCACCCAACGGUUACCGCUGGUUCCAGCUGUAUGUGUACCGAGACAGGAAGCUGUCAGAACAAAUGGUGCACCGCGUAGAGGCGCUCGGGUACAAGGCAUUGGUCCUCACUGUCGACGUCCCCUAUACUGGAAAGCGCCGCAAUGACAUUCGCAACCAGUUCAAACUUCCACCACAUCUCAAAGUAAAGAACUUUGAUGGAGUAUUUCAGGAGACAGCAGGCCCAGAGGAGUAUGGGAUACCAGCGAACACCCUGGACCCCUCAAUCAGCUGGAAGGACGUCUACUGGCUACAGUCCAUCACACGCCUCCCUAUCAUUAUCAAGGGUAUCCUGACCAAGGAGGAUGCCGAGCUGGCCGUGGAACAUGGUGUCCAGGGCAUCAUCGUGUCAAACCACGGGGGUAGACAGCUGGACGGAGGCCCAGCCUCGAUUGAUGCGCUGCCAGAGAUUGUGGAAACUGUACAAGGCAGAAUUGAGGUCUAUGUUGACGGAGGAAUCAGAACAGGAAGUGAUGUACUGAAAGCGCUGGCCUUGGGAGCCAAGUGUGUUUUCAUCGGCCGUCCAGCAGUGUGGGGCCUCGCAUACAAGGGAGAAGAAGGAGUGAGGGAAGUACUGCAAAUCUUAAACGAUGAGUUCCGUCUGUGUAUGGCUCUAUCAGGUUGCAGGAAUGUAGCUGAAAUCAACAGGAACCUCAUUCAGUUUUCCAAGCUGUGACCGCCAGCAGAGGGCAGCACUGAGGACAAUUAUCCCACUAAACCAGACUGAGACUUAAACAAAGAGCCUGAGAAUUCAUUAUAACAAAAAAACAAACAGAAACAAAUUUAGCUCACGCAGUACAUGCAAACAACCAUCAUCAGGAAUAAAUUGUGGGACUUCAGAUAUAUAUUCAUGCCAGACUACACGAGUGAGUGUUUUAGAAAGCUGGGAGUCAGUUCAAGGUUUAUCAAGCUGUUUUAGAUCGUGAAGGGAGGGAAGGAUGGAGGCACUUACCAUGAAAGCUUUUUUUUUUUCUAUUCUGCUGUAACGAAUCAACAUGAGUGCACUCUGUACACUGUGGUUUGAAAUGCUGCCAGUUCUUAUGGCUGAAUAAACUCUAGCAUGUGGCAAAA